AUGGUGUACCGGAGACAUUCAUUACUUCCUGUUGUGCAUAGACAUUCAAUGCUUCAUGUUGGGUCGGAAUCCUUGGGGGUGAAUCAGAGUAGGCCCAUGGGAUUGCGGAUGGAAGUUGAGCUUCAAAGGGGUAACUUGAAGCACUUGAAGGAUCCGACAGAGGCACCACCCAGGAUGGCUGCAUCCAUGCCAUUCGGUAGGAGUGCGGUACAAACGGUAGGAGUGCGGAGGAUUGUGGAAAGAUUCCAGAUGCAAAUGGCUAGCUCAGGGCCUAACAUUACAACAAUCAGUGCACCUUUAGACAUAAUUACACCGCACAUCCUCCAUCUCUGGAAGGCACGUCAGACGGACAAACAGAUUGUUGAGGACUUACAGAAAUGUUUUGAUACCUCGCACUAUGGUCUAGGAACACGACAGCAAGGCCAUACGGUCAACACUGUCCAUGAUGCAAUGGCCAACCUGCAUGAAAUGUUUCCGAAUGCAGGAGCACAUGAAAUGCAUAAGGCCAAUCACCUCCUUCGGAGGCAAUUCUGGGCUGCAGGUGUGAACGACCUAUUUGCAGUCAAUCAACACAACAAAUGGCUCAAGUACAGUCUUGGCCUCCAUACUGGCAUUGAGCCAUUUUCAGAUAUGCCUAUGGUAACUCAGAGCGACCCUGGAUCCGAAAAUUUCGGAAUUGCCAAUGCCCAUACCAUGCUCCGCCAAUGGCAUGAUCCUGCCCUACAGGGUACCCUGCAGCACUGCUGGAUGCAGAGUGAGAAGAAUGAAAUGCCUGAGAUUAUGUGGUCGCAACUACGAUGCCGUUUCACGCUGGGAUUUGAAGCACUUUUGGAUCAUGGUGUCCUGUCAGGCUGGUAUGAUACCAACAAUACUCUCCAGCUGUGCUUGGCAGAGGAUUUCAGUGCAUUGGACUUCAAAAUCAAGGUGGAACACGAAGCGCUGGACCAUGUGCGCAACAUUUACAUCAAACCAUCUCACGUCGUCUUCAAUCUGGUACCACAGCCUUUUGGUGACUGCGUCCAGCACUGCUACGAUGAACUAGGAUCUCCGUUAGUUACAAGGCACACUGUCUGGGACAUUUAUUUGCACUUGCUUGGCAUGCUGCGAGUUCAUGAUGAGAUACCGCAUCAUAUUGACCAACUUGACGAUAUAGAGGAAGAUCUUGGUACACUACUGCUUCUGGAGGACCACAACAAGUUGCCAUAUCGUGAGAAAAGUAACAGCGCCUACUACAUGGGUGGAGUAGGUGGAGGUCUUGGACUUGGCAUUGAGCAUUUGAAUCAGUUAGAGGGUCUCACUCAUGAUGAUGAGCCUGAAAUAACUCUAAGCGUCAAUGAAAACAUUGGACUGGACCAUGCAGGUUUAGUCAUGUGGGAGUUCUCAGAUGGCAGUGGCCCGGAUGAUGUGUCAGAUACGCCAGAUGCUGACUGGUGA